CAAUUUUUCCAAACAUUGUCAAAAAUCCCCCAAUUUAAAAAUUGAACACUAUCCCUAUCCCUUUUCCAGUCGACGUGUCUUCCUCCCUCACGAGUCAUGAUGAGUCACGACUGUCGACAGACGGCGACUCACACCUCAACUUCCCCGCCGGCAAGCCGCUCCGCCGUGAGCCGUUGACGCCGCCUCUCUCUUCGCAAAUCGCCGACGCCCCUCUUGACGACAGUCGCCAGUACGCCUCUGUCGCUCUGUCUCUUCAAUCUGCCCACUGUCGACCGUCUGUCUCGCUGCUCGCUUCACUCCGCCGACGGUGCCCUCCUAUUGUCGACAGAUUCAUCAUAUUCAGUAUCUUCCAACAAAAUAGGGCAUAGACUUGUUUUUGAAUGUGCAUGCCAAUAUCUUCCCAGAAGAAAGCAGAGUUUCCUGAUGUGCAUCGCCCCUAAAACUAUAAGAAUUGCGGCAAUUGCCCAGUGGCUGCCCCUCUUCAACCCCUUCCUCCUCCCUUCCCCAGGGGUGAUUAGGAAGUUUGGGUUUGUGAGAUUGGGGCAGCGCAAGAGGAGCUUUAUUGGGGUUAGUGUGAAAACCAAGCUGGAGUUGAGAAUGGAGAUUGAUAGGAUGGGAGUGGUGCAACCAGCAACAGAGGAUUAUGCUGAAGAUGCAAUUAAAGCUAUCAAGUCUGGGAAUGUUAUUGCUGUCCCCACUGACACGCUCUAUGGCUUUGCUUGUGACGCUUGUUCUGCUGAGGCAGUUAAUCGUAUAUAUGAUAUCAAAGGCCGUAAAUAUACAAAUCCCCUGGCAAUUUGUGUUGGGGAUGUUCAAGACAUACAAAAAUAUGCCAUCAGUGAUCAUUUACCUCAUGGCUUGCUUGAUUGUCUCCUUCCUGGUCCUGUAACUGUCGUGCUAAGACGAGGUGAGUCAAGUAUCCUUGAGAAGUCUUUAAACCCUGGACUUGAGAGCAUAGGGGUUCGAGUGCCCGAUAAUACAUUUAUUAGGGUUAUUGCCCGUUGUUCUGGAAGUGCACUUGCACUUACCAGUGCAAACCUAAGCGGACAGCCCAGUAGCAUCAACAUUAGAGAUUUUGAGAACCUAUGGGGCCACUGUGCUUACAUCUAUGAUGGUGGUGUACUUCCAGCUGGGCGUGCAGGAUCAACAGUGGUGGAUCUCACUAAGCAAGGAAAGUACAAGAUCUUAAGACCUGGGAGUGCGGAGGAAGAGACCGUUGCAAUCCUCCAAAAACACUCUUUGGUAGAAGAUGGAAGUGGUGUGCGGUGAGAUUUUUCAUGUUUGAUUGAGAUGCAUAAAGGGCCCGAGACAAGAUUCAUCUGUGCAAAACCAAGAUUUAGGAUGGUGGAUGACAGCAUGGGUGAAUUUGACAAUGUUGCUGAUCAUCUACUUUCUUGUACACUCAUUCCUGUGAAAUCAUUCUUUUUUGGUACGUCUAAUAUAAGGGAAGGGAAGGAUUUGAACUGAAGUUUAUUGCAUGAAAAAUGGGUAGUAAAUUGUCGAUAUUAUUGGAGAUCAUUCUUAAGCACAUACAAGUAUAGAACCAUGAUUUUUUAAGGGAAGGGAAGGAUUUGAACUGAA